AUGUGGUGCAACGAACCCGGAACUUGCAGACGAAAUCAUAUUCUCUCAUAUACUCCCACGGCUACCGGCAGAGGAUCUGAUGCGAUGCAAGUGCGUAUGCAAGUCUUGGUCUCCCUCAUCCGCAGCCCUUCCUUUGUCGCCGGCUUCCACGACUUUCACAGCAAUGACACCACUAACUUUUUUUUCGAACGGAUGGACGAGUUCUUCUCGUCAAAAAUAGAGCAACAAGGGACUGUUCCAACACCCGGCGCCGAAAUUUUCCAAUUUCCGAAUGAUUGUUUUACUGAUGUGCAGAGUGUCCAUGGCUUGGUUUGUGCAUCCUCUCACUCUAACUCUGUUUUCAUACUUAACCCUACCACCCGAGAGUCCAUCCAACUUCCCCAUUCCCGUGUAAUAGAAACCUGCAAGCCUUCGGUUACAUAUCGCUUUGGGUACAUUCCAAGUACCAACAAGUAUAAGGUUCUCCAGAUCCUCUCCUUUCGUCUAGACAGAGAUGGAAAAUGGGAUCUUCAGUUUAACACGUUCACACUAGGUAGGGAUUAUUGGUGGAGGCCAUUGCAGGUAGACCCUCGCCAUCUUCCUUUUGAUUCUCUAGCUUAUGCCUUUGACUCUUAUAAUAAUAUACUUGGACAUAGUGGAAGUGUGUGCCUCAAUGGGGCCGUCCAUUGGAUAUACGAGAAGCAGAAAUUGAUAGUCGCAUUUGACUUUAGAGAGGAGACAUUCAAAGCGAUCCCACUACCUGAAGAUAAUGAUCAAGAGAUUGCUGAUUAUUUUGAUCAAGAUGCCAAUCAUUAUAUAGGUGAAGGUAAUCCUGAUGAUUAUUGCCAUCCAAGUAUGGUUAAGGUAGGGGGAUGCGUGGGUGUGAUUGUUGACAUGUCAUGGAAACGGGACGAGAUCAUGUUAUGGACUUUGAAGGACUAUCAUCAUAACCAUGUGUGGGUUAAGGAGACCAUUAGCUUGGCAUCAGAGCCAAGAUAUCUUGAUUGUCCUCGCUACGUUGAUGCUUUGGUUACAGUCCACACUGGUGAGUUUGCGCUGGUGCACUAUUUUGUUGGACUUACUCCGGGAUAUGGCGACGGUCCACCCAGAAGUUAA